GGUAUGGAGAGAAUUGAACCGCCGUGCAAUUAUUCCUCUUACAUAUACCAGGUGAGCAAGCAUAGCACCGAGAUGCUACACAACCUCAACAUUCAGAGAAAAGAUGGAGGCAGGUUUUGCGAUGUGGUUUUACGCGUCGGGGAGGAGAGCUUUCCAGCCCAUAAGGCGGUUCUAGCGGCGUGCAGCGAGUAUUUUGAGUCGGUAUUCAGCUGUCAGACCGAGGGCGACGGUGAAGCUAAAGAAUUGGAGAUGCAUACAAUAAGUCCUAAAGUUUUUAAAGACAUAUUGGACUUCGCCUAUACCUCCAAGAUUGUAGUGCGCCUGGAAUGCUUCCCGGAGUUGAUGACAGCGGCAAAGUUUCUGUUAAUGCGCUCCGUCAUCGAGAUCUGUCAAGAGGUUAUCAAACAAUCCAACGUACAGAUACGAGUCCCUCGCUCCCGGGGAGGGGACGUCAGUUUUUUUCGUGCUUCGGGGAGAUCGGAGACAUCGUACGCUCCUCCCGUUGACAUGUCAAACGAGACUGGAGCUGUGUUUACCAACAAUGGACAGCCCCACGGCGUUGACCGUGAUCAGGCAACUGGUGCUUCACUGUCAAACGACAACUCCCAGACCACCGUACCGGGUCUGCAGACGGUAGACAGAUUGGCCGUCUCGCCGUCAGAUCUUACGGGUAACCCCUACCACGGUGGGGGCUCUCCGGGAUCAAAGCGAGGCAGGGGACGGCCUAAGACAGCGGCGGCGAUGGAGCUGAUCACCCUCAAUCACAACGCACCAAAAGCAUUAGGGAUAUUCCCUUGUGGGAUUUGUGGUAAAGUGUUUAGCGAAGCCGUGCGAAUGAGGAACCACGAAGCGCAGCAUGGAGCUUCCAGUGGUGGGGUCAGCGGCAGAAGAGACUUGGCUUCAGUGGGCCGCCCGACAUUAAUUGCACACUCACAGCCAGGGAUGCAUGAAAACGGACUGCCAUCUCAAGUUGGCUUGGACAACACCCGCAAGAGAGAGAGGACAAGGCGUCAUGUGGGAUGCGAUAUCUGCGGAAAGGUUUUCAGCGACGUCUCUAAAUUGAACAGACACAAACUGUCACAUUCCGGCGAGAAACCAUACGCAUGCCCGGUAUGUGGACUGCGUUUCAAGCGCAAGGACAGAAUGUCGUACCAUGUGCGUUCUCACAACGGAUCACAUUAAUCGUAGCCCAUGAAUCUCCAUGUAACCAAUCUCGACAGAAUUUAUCGCUACUGAGUAU